GGCAGGAUUUGGGGUGCCAGGCACUCACCCUGCUGUUCCUCUGCCCUUUUCCAGACAAGCCAACAGCGAAGAUCGAGCCACACCCGCAGUACCCGCGGGAGGGGGAGAAGCUGCAGCUGCAGUGCGACGGGCAGGGCAACCCCAUCCCACAGGAAUUCCUCUGGGAGAAGGAGGGCAGCGAUGCUCCCCUGCAGCUCAGCUCCGAGAGCGUCCUCAUCUUCCCCUUCCUCAACAAGAGUGACAGUGGCACCUACGUGUGCACGGCCACCAGCUCCAUGGGCAGCGUGGUGGCCAAGUACAACCUGGACGUCAGUGGUGAGUGUGGCGUGGCUGGAGUGUCCUGGGGAAGGGGCAGGGGGGUCACUGCAUCCCCUGUGCCCCAAAAGUGUCACCGUGGCACCCCUGGGAUUGUCCUUGGCUGGGGAGGGGCAGCUCCUGCUGCUCCCCACGUGGUGCUGUGGCCUGGGCUGCCCUGACUGUGCUCUGCUUGUCCCCAUGUCCCCAUAUCCCCA